GUGUCACUAUCAAUUUGGCUAUACAAUGAAAGCUUCAAUUGCAAUUGGUGUUGCCUCUUCACUGGCAAGCGUCGCAUUGUCCCAAGUGGUUGGCGUUGCUCCUAGUGAUCAAGAAUUAUAUGAACCUGAUGCUGAAGGGAAAUGGAGAUGUUUGUCAAAUCCUGAAGUAGUGCUAGACUUUUCUCAGAUUAACGAUGAUUUUUGUGAUUGCCCUGAUGGAAGUGAUGAACCAGGUACAAGUGCAUGUCCAAAUGGUAAAUUCUAUUGUGAAAAUAAGGGCCAUGUUCCAGGUUAUAUCAAGUCUUUCAAAGUUAACGAUGGUGUAUGCGACUACUCAGAAUGCUGUGAUGGCUCAGAUGAAUGGAACACACCAAUUGACUGCCCAAGCAGAUGUGAAGAAAUCCAUAAAGAAUAUCAAAAAGCUUUAGAUUUAGAAAAAGAAACAUACAAGAUCGGAGUUUCAAAAGUUGAAAAGACAAUUAACGCAGCAAGUAAAUUGAGAGCUAAAUUACAUGAGCAAUUCACUGCGGAAAGUGCUAUUUUGGAGUUUCUUCAAAAAGAAUUAGCUGCUAAAAAAGCCACUUUAGAACAAGCUCAAGCAAGAGGUGAAAUUAACCAAGAUUCUUCACAGGCUCAACACAAAAUCAAAGAGUCAAUUGAGGAGAUUAAAAGUAAAGUUUCAGAUUAUUUUGGAUCUUUCACUUCAAGUGAUUCAAAUUUGAAAAGUUUGAGUGAAAUUCUAGAUGCUUUAGUGCAAACAUUCAAUGAAAACUUGAAAGAUGCUGCAGUGAAAGAUACUGUUGAUAGCUAUGCUGAACAUUUGGAAAAAUACAAGGAAUCAUAUGAUGCUGAAAAAUCAGAAACUUUUCAAUCUUUUGAUGCCAUUAAAAACUCAAUUUUAGAUAAAUUCAACUCACUUGAUUUAACAGGAAAUACUGAUUCAUUGAAAACAACAUUCAAUGAAUUAUCUGAAACAUUAAAACAAGAAUUACUGAAACAUAAUGCUGUAAAUGAACGUGCUAAUGAUUUGGAAAAAUUAUUAAAUCAUUUGAUCAACAAUUAUAAUCCAAAUUUCAAUGAUCCAAAUGUCAAGCAAGCUGUUAACUCUUUCCAAGAUUUCUCAGUCAAUAGAGAAACUUUCCAAGUUCCAACUGAUGAAACCAUUUCUUGGUUGAAAUCUAAAAUUGAACAAGUUGAACAGUUGGCUGAAUCUUUAAAAAAAUCUGAAGCAGAGCCAAAAAUUGAAGAAAAAAAGACUCAAGUUAAAAAAAUCCAACAACUACCAUUAUUGGAAAGAUUGAAAAACAAAUACAGAAAAAUGAUUAAUGACUUCUUAGGAAUUGAAACAAAGGAACAAUAUGAAGCUCAUCAUGAAGAAACAAAUGAAACCAAAGAUGAUUUACAAAUAGCUGUUGAAGAGUUAGAAAAAGAUAAAGAUAAAACUGAAAGGUCAGUCAAUUCAAUUAAAGAAGACUUAUCGAGAUACUAUGGUCCAAAUGAUUUAUUAAGACCGUUAAAAGAUAUUUCCUUAAAAGGCCAUAUUGGUGAAUAUGAUUAUGAACUAUUUUUCAUUGGAGAUGUUCAUCAAAAAGGUAACAAUCAUAAUGUUAAAAUUGGGUCAUUUUCAAGUAUCGAAGUUAAUGAUAUCUCAAGAACUCAACAUCAAUUGAUUUUAACAUAUGAAAAUGGUGCAAGAUGCUGGAAUGGUCCAUUAAGAAAAGGUAUUGUUACUAUUGAUUGUGGUGCAGAAAAUGAAUUAUUAGCAGUUACUGAACCUGAAAAAUGUGAAUAUCAUUUCAGAGUUAAAG